UAGUACAUACGUUUUGAACCAUUAAUUCUUCUCAUGAACUGUGGAAUCAUGCUGGGUUUCUAUUGUUGGGGUUGGGAGUUCUUAACCGCCCUUCUUCUCUUCUCCCCUUCAACUGAAACUAUUUCUUCUUCUUCUUAGUUUUUUCCUUUCUUUCUUUUUGAUCAAUUUGUUAGAGUUAUUCUUCUUGAAUAAAGGAAAAGUGGAGAAAGCACGCCAUGUCUCAGGCAAAAACUGUGGAACAUGGGUUUGAUAAGGGUCUGUUAGAAUAUGUUGGGAAAUCCUCUCCACCACCCUUCUUGUUAAAAACUUACAUGCUCGUCGAAAAUCCGGCCACCGACGACAUAAUUUCAUGGAACGCCGAGGGAACAGCCUUCGUUGUUUGGCAGCCGGCUGAGUUCGCAAGAGAUCUCCUCCCGACCCUCUUCAAGCACAGCAACUUCUCAAGCUUUGUUCGACAACUCAACACUUAUGGGUUCCGGAAAGUGGUGGCAAGCCGGUGGGAGUUCUACAACGAUUUGUUCCGGAGAGGACAGAGGGAGUUACUGAGCGAGAUACGUCGAAGAAAAGCAUGGAGAAGUAAGGUUCACCCAGUUGCGCCACCGGUCCAAGCUGCAGUACAGGAGUCCGACGAAGAGCGAGGCUCGACGUCUACGUCUUCGUCCUCCGGUCACGGCAGCCUCUUCGACGAAAACAAGCGGCUGAAGAGAGAGAACGAUAUGUUAAACAGCGAACUGGUGAGUGUGAAGAAGAGGUGUAAGGAGCUUCUGGACAUGGUUGCCCGUGGAACGAGUAGUCCAGAGAAUACAGAAGAGGACGAAAGGCCCAAGCUGUUUGGAGUGAGGCUGGGGGUUUCAGUGGAGAGGAAGAUAGAGAGAGCAGAGAUUAGUGAAAGAAUCCAUGUCUUGUUAUCUCAAUCCUGCAAAUGAAACAAGUGAUCGAUAUGUAAAGAAAUAAACCGCUUAGGAUCAAAAGUGGCGCAAGCCCAUAUCUCAGGAUCUCUGAUAUGUCAACUAAGUUAUCACCUUCAAAAGUCUAUAUGUAAAUAUAUUAUAUGCUUAAACAAUCAAAAGGAUUGUGUUUUCUUUAUAUUACAUGAACAAGUGAUUAGGAGUAUUCAGAGUAAUUUUAUAUAUAUAUAUAAAUAUAUUGACUGAUAAUUUAUUGCAACCA